UGGCCAAAGAGCCCCCGUUCCACAAAGCCAUCCCCACCACCUACAGCUGUCUCCGCCCUUCCGCUUUCCUUCUGCCUUCCGACUCUCACAGCCUUCUUCUUCCUGUCUUCCCUCUCUCUCUCCUGCCUCGUUCAUCUCUUUCUCCCUUGCAGAGAGGUUUAGAUACAGGAGUGCAGGUGCGUGUGUGACUCGAAGUGGCCGUAGUAGGAAAAGAAAGAGAGGUGUGACAGAUGGGUUGGUGUUCUCGUCUCUCUUUUGCGCUUCUUCUGGUUGUGAUCUCGCUUUCCGUGGGCGGCUCCCGGUCGCAAAGAACUCCGGCGGCGGGGGCCGCAACGCCCCCGGCUCCGGCUUCCGUAUCGGUCCCGUCCCCAGCCCCCGCGCCCUCGCCGGAUUCCUUCUGCAACGGCAUCUAUCUCUCCUACGUCCUCGAGCGCCGGGAGAAGAUCCACCCAUUCACCUCCGACCCGGCGGACCAGCCCUACGCCUUCAGUGCCACCGCCACUGUCCUCAACCACGGCGCCGCCGACCUCCUCUCAUGGACCCUCCUCAUCCCCUUCCGCCACCGCGAGCUGAUCGUCUCCGUUGGCGGAGGCGUCCUCACCAACGGCUCCGUCUUCCCCUACAACACCACCCUUGACGCCAAGGCCACCGGCUUCUCCGGCUAUCCUAACACCGACCUGAAGACCGCAAUCGAGACUGCCAACGAUCGAUCGCAGAUCGAGGCCAAGAUAACCCUCGUCGGUACCCUCUUCGGCUCGCCGCCCCCCGCCGUGCCUCUCCCGCAGUUUCUCGCUCUCGACGACCCCUCCUACAGCUGCCCGCGGCCCACCGCCUACAACGAUUCGAACCUCGUUGACACCUGCUGCGUCCCCGAUCCCGACUACGUCCCCGAAGUGACCAACGCCACCGGCUUCCUCCCGCGCCGCUCCGGAGACCUCACCAUCUCCUACGACGUGCUCCAGUCCUACGGCAGCAGCUACCUCGCCCUCGUCACCCUCGAGAACCACAGCCCCCUCGGUCGCCUCGAUCACUGGCAGCUCUCCUGGGAGUGGGCGCGCGGCGAGUUCAUCUCCUCCAUGAAAGGCGCCUACCCCUCCGUCGUCGACUCCUCCGACUGCAUCUUCGGCAAGCAGGGCCAGUACUACCAGAGCCUGGACUUCUCCAAGGUGCUCAGCUGCAAGCGCAACCCUACCAUCGUCGACCUCACCCCGUGGCGCUACAACGACACCGACCUUGGCCGCAUCCCCCAUUGCUGCCGCAAUGGCACCAUCCUGCCGCCGGAGAUGGACCCGGAUCAGGCCGUCUCCGCCUUCCAGAUCCAGGUGUACAAGAUGCCUCCCGACCUUAACCGCUCCGUCCUCUUUCCCCCGAUCAACUGGAACAUCUCCGGCACCCUCAACCCGGACUUCCAGUGCGGCCAGCCCAUCCGCGUCAGCCCCACCGCCUUCCCCGAUCCGAGCGGUCUCUCUUCGGACAGCCUCGCGCUCGCCAGCUGGCAGGUGGUCUGCAACAUCUCUCGCCCCAAGGGCGCCAGCCCCAAGUGCUGCGUCUCGUUCUCCGCCUUCUACAACGACUCUGUCAUCCCCUGCAAGACCUGCGCCUGCGGCUGCCCCGCCAGCAACCGCGGCCGGACCUGCAACGCCAAGGCGCAGGCGAUGCUCCUUCCGCCGGAGGCCCUCCUCGUGCCGUUCGACAACCGGACCGCCAAGGCCGUCGCCUGGGCGGACAUCAAGCACUACAGCGUUCCUUCCCCGCUGCCCUGCGGCGACAACUGUGGCGUGAGCAUCAACUGGCACGUUCUCACCAACUACGACAAGGGGUGGAGCGCCCGGGUGACGCUGUUCAACUGGCGCGAGGACCAGUUCGCCGACUGGUUCCUGGCCGUGAAGAUGGACACGGCCUAUCGGGGAUACGAACAGAUGUACUCAUUCAACGGGACGGCCAUGGGGGACAACACGAUCUUCAUGCAGGGCCUCCCUGGGCUGAACUACCUCAACGGGGAAGUGAACGGCACGAACCCAGACACCGAUCCCAGGGUGCCCGGAAAGCAGCAGUCCGUGAUCUCGUUCACAAAGACGAAGACGCCCGGGAUCGAUAUCAUCGGGGGUGGUGGCUACCCCUCGAAAGUGUACUUCAACGGGGAGGAAUGCUCGAUACCAGAUCUGAUUCCUGCGAAUUGGGCGUCGAGGAGCAGUGGAGUUGGUGUACUGAGACUGGCCCUGCUCCUGUUUGCUUCUGCUCUCAUGCUCUGGGAGCUGUAGCCUGGGGACCUGCCGAUGCCCAUUCUUUGGUUCUUUCAGUAAAAUAUGAACGACGGCAUCGCACCAAACUGCGUGUUUGGUGCUUUGAGUCAAAGAGGAUUGUCAUCAACAGGCAUCGAUACAAACCUAUACAAGAGCUGGAGUUUUGUUCACAGUGAUGUUUCAGGAGAAACGGGUUAGCUAACCAAGAAGAGUAGAUUAAGCUUCUGCAGAUUCAUUCAUGUAUGCUACUACUCUUCUGAUUAUGUUUUCUUCCUUCGUUAAAAUGAAGUAUGGAUCUUCAGUGUAAUUUGUAUUUUCAUUAUGUAGCUUUAUUAUAUACUUCUGGUGCUCUCAACCUUUCUAAA